CAUUUCGCGCGUUGGUCGGCAGCGGCGCGGCCCACGUUCUCGACCUUCGCUGCUUAAAAUCGUAAAAAAUAAAUAAAUUACACAUGGUUCCAUUUUCGAAAUAAUACGAGUGUGUAUAUGUGGUGCUCUGUGUAUAAACAAUGGUACCGCUUCGGUUUUGGCUUGAUGGAUCAUUUUGGCGGGAAACCGGGGCGGCAGCGAGUUUGACAGAUGAACUUCCCGCGCUUUCUGUUCAGGGAGUCAGGAGUGUCGUGGGGGCGCCGCGCGCGCGGCGUGGGCGGCGGGGGGCGCGGGGCGGGCAGCGCGGGCGCGUGGCGGCGGCGCGAGCGGCUCGCGCAGUCUCGUAGGCCCAUGGAGAUCCUCACCAGCCUAUACGCGCUGCUAUCCGGCGGGCAAGGCAUAAAUCCUAAGAUCGACUCCCUGGCUUUCCGUCUCCACUGCGGCGCGACGACCGCCGCGCUGCUCGCAGCCAGCGCCGCCCUCACCACGCGCCAUCUAGUGGGCAACCCCAUAGACUGCAUACACACAAGGGACAUCCCCGAGGACGUGCUGAACACGUACUGCUGGAUCCACUCGACGUUCACGGUGGCGGGCGAGGCGGGCGCGUACCCCGGCGUGCGGCCCGCCGGCGCCGCGCCGCGACGGUACGGGAAGUACUACCAGUGGGUCGCGUUCAUGCUAUUCUUGCAGGCAAUGUUUUUUACAUGA